GGAAGCGGGCGGGGCAAGUGAAAGAAGAACGGUGCGCACAAGAGGUUGAUGCCCGCUCCUUUGUGACGUUUGUUUUAGCAAAGACUGGUCGCUAGACUAUUGGGGGGAGGGGGAGAAGAAGGGAUAAAGGGCGGGGGGGGAUGUGCGUGUGGGUUUGCGAGUGAGCAGGCCGCUCGCUCUCUCGCUCACCUGCAAUUUCCUAAGCUUAGCCUGUGAUUAGUGCAGGCCUCGGACCUGGCGAACCCCGGAAAGCGGCAGUCAAGUCCUCUUUUCUCCACUCCUCCAGCUCGAGCAGGAGCACGCCAAGCGAAGUUUGUGAAUGAGCAUAGAUGAUUAUGGAUCCAGGUGGUGGAAGUCUUGGGUUGCAGACAGAGGAAUGCAAAAUGCCUCACACCAUGAUUAUGCAGGAUUUUGUGGCUGGAAUGACUGGUACUGCUCACAUUGAUGGAGAUCAUAUUGUUGUGUCAGUUCCUGAAGCUGUACUAGUUUCCAAUUUUGUCACAGAUGGGAUCACCCUUGAUCAUGGCUUAGCCACUGAAGUUGUCCAAGGACCUGAUAUCAUAACCGAAACUGAUGUUACAGAAGGGGUGAUAGUUCCUGAAUCUGUAUUGGAAGCUGAUGUAUCUAUUGAAGAAGCAGUAGAUACCCGUGAUCAUGUUUUGACUUCAGAUAUAGUAGCAGAAACGGUUGGCGUUCCUGAUGAGGUUUUUGUGGCUGAUCUUGUUACGAGUCCUGAUGGACAUUUGGAACAUGUGGUACAAGAUUCUGUGUCAGGAUCUGACUCUCCCACAAUGGUUUCAGAAGAGGUUCUUGUAACCAAUUCAGAUACAGAAACUGUGAUUCAAACAUCUGGCACUAUUCCUGGUUCUACAGUUACUAUAAAGACUGAAGAUGAGGAUGAUGGCAAGAGCACAUCAGAAGACUACUUAAUGAUAUCUUUGGAUGAUGUUGGGGAAAAGCUCGACCAUAUUGGAAACACACCAUUAAAAAUCAACAGUGAGGUUUCACAUGAAAACGUAUCUAAAGAUGAUGGUUUUGGUUCUGAAGUUAUUAAAGUUUACAUAUUUAAAGCUGAAGCUGAGGAUGAUGUGGAAAUAGGUGGAACAGAAAUUGUAACAGAGAGUGACUUUCAUAAUGGGCAUUCUGUAGCUGGAGUUCUAGAGCAAGGAGGUGUUGGCAGAGUACAGCGAGAGAAGAUGCCUUAUAUGGCUGUUAAGGAUUCCUCUCAGGAGGAUGAAGAUAUUAGUUGUGCUGAAAUAGCUGAUGAAGUCUACAUGGAGGUUAUUGUUGGUGAAGAAGAAGCAACAUCACUUUCCGACGCACAGCUUGAAGACUCCUGUGUGAAUAAAACUUUUGUUCCUGUUGCGUGGGCUGCUGCUUAUGGAGAUGAUAGAAGACUUCCCCGGAGGUAUGAAGACUGUCAAACACCAGGACCCAACUUGGAUGCAAGAUUAGAAAGCAAAAAUGGUAAUGCAACACAAUACCUGCAAAUCUGUGAUAGCAUUAGCACAAACAGACUUCUUAAACAGAAAGCCAAAAAAAGGAGGAGAGGGGAAGCAAGGCAGUGGCAAACAGCUGUUAUAAUAGGUCCUGAUGGACAGCCCUUAACUGUCUACCCUUGUCAUAUAUGUGGAAAAAAAUUUAAAUCCAGGGGAUUCUUGAAAAGGCAUAUGAAAAACCACCCAGAUCACAUGAUUAAGAAGAAGUACCAAUGCACAGAUUGUGAUUUUACAACUAACAAGAAAGUAAGCUUUCAUAAUCAUUUGGAAAGCCAUAAGCUUAUCAACAGAGUUGACAAAACACACGAAUUCACAGAGUACACCAGGCGAUACAGUGAAGCAAGCCCACUGAGUUCAAAUAAAUUGAUCUUAAGAGAUAAGGAACCUAAAUUGCACAAGUGCAAAUAUUGUGACUAUGAGACUGCAGAGCAAGGACUGCUUAAUAGACAUCUGCUUGCGGUCCACAGCAAGAACUUCCCUCAUGUUUGUGUUGAGUGUGGAAAAGGUUUCCGACAUCCUUCUGAGCUCAAAAAGCAUAUGAGGACCCACACAGGGGAGAAGCCUUACCAGUGCCAGCAUUGUGCCUUCCGUUGUGCUGAUCAGUCCAAUCUGAAGACACACAUCAAAACCAAGCAUGGUACUGACCUGCCCUUUAAGUGUGAACAUUGUCCACAGACAUUCACAGAUGAGAAAGAACUCCAGCAGCACACAGAGUUGUUUCAAGGGCAUAAGACUCAUCUGUGCCCACAUUGUGACCACAAGAGCACCAACUCGAGUGACCUGAAACGACAUAUAAUAUCUGUUCACACAAAGGACUUUCCUCACAAAUGUGAGGUGUGUGAAAAAGGUUUCCACCGUCCAUCAGAGCUCAAAAAGCACAGUGAAACACAUAAAGGUAAAAAGAUACAUCAGUGUAGGCACUGUAACUUUAAGACUUCAGAUCCUUUUGUACUUAGUGGACAUAUCCUCUCAGUUCACACUAAGGACCUGCCUUUCAAAUGCAAAAGAUGCAAGAAAGGAUUUAGGCAACACACUGAACUGAAGAAGCAUAUGAAGACCCACAGUGGAAGAAAAGUCUACCAAUGCCAAUAUUGUGAGUACAGCACUACAGAUGCAUCAGGCUUCAAGCGGCAUGUCAUAUCAAUACACACAAAAGACUAUCCGCACAGGUGUGAGUACUGCAAAAAGGGAUUCCGUAGACCAUCAGAGAAAAAGCAGCAUAUAAUGAGGCAUCACAAAGAGGCCUUAAUAUAAUAUAUGAGCUAUAGAAGAAAGCAGUUUAGAAACUGUGACAUCAUAAUUGGGGAACAAAAUUCUCAUGAACUGUUUCUCCUCUUUUCAAAGUUUGAUAUUAAAUCAUAACUUUACAUUAUUUGUAUUAUAAGUCUUUUAAAUUAUUAGGGUUUGACAGGGGAUCUCAUAGCUCUAUGAUAGUUGCUCAUCAGAACCUAAAGAACACUGUAAAAUGCAAAGAGAUGAACGUUUAAAAAGAUGUAGAAAGAGACUGAAUGUAUUCUGUUUCAAGUAUUAUACAUAACUAAGCUAAAGAAAAUAUUUUAAGUCAAUUAUCUUAGCCCUUUACCAACAAUGCAAUUUAAAUCCUUAAUGAAAAUCAGGGAUGGAGUUCUUUAAAAAUGUAUGUUAAGGCAAAUCUAACAUGCAUUUUUUGAACAGUGACACUAUAUAGAAGUCAGUACUUUGUCAUUACAUUUUUAAAUUGUGCUGAGAAAUAGUAUUCAGGAAUUAAGUCAAAUUUUGAGAUCUGUCUUUUUUCAUUUUUAAAGCAAACACACAUUUCAUCAGGAAACAUUGUUUCUGUUAUUUAUUUAAGUUCAAUGAGCAAUAUUUAAAUGUUUCCCCAGAACUUCUAGCCCAUUUUAUUGUAGGAUGUGAUGUUAAAAAUACAACAUUGUUUUUGAGCUCAAAAGGUAUUGUUUGGUGCUAAGGUUAAAGAUGUGUAUGUAUAUAAUUUCCCUUCUUACGUGAAAAAUGCAGUCGAAUGUUCAGUAUGGCACAUAUAACAAAAAGUACCUUUUGACCAACAUAAUUAUUAUAAAAUUAUUAUUAUUUUAAAAAAGGAAAACAAAUAGCUAGAUGCGGCUGUUGGUGCUAAGGUUUCACACUUCUUUUUUUUUGCUUCCUUAUUAUAUUCCCUAAAAAAUAAUAAACAAAAUGAAUAUCAAUACUGCAGUAGUUAGAAAUACCUAGAGAAUUUUAUGGGGCAAUGUUCCUGGCAAGGUAGGACUACUGUGGUGUUUUCGUGCUAAUAAAAAAUGUUUCAGUAUAGAAAUGAAAGUUGCACCUUUUAAUCAAUUCAUGUGAAACAUAUAACAUAUUAUAAACAUGCAUUUUCAAUCUGUAAUAAAGUUAUAUAUGCAGUAGUUAACCAGGACAUUAUGCUACCGCUGGAGUUUGGAGGUGGAUCUUCAGUUUACAGUGUAUACAUUUGAAAUAUGCAUCCCUUUAAACAAUGCUUUGUGUUAGCAUGGUGCAAAUCAAAAUGGCGCUUAGUAUAACAAGCUGGUCUAGGACAAUUUAAUAACUAAAAACUUCAUAAAUGUUAUGCAUAUAAUGUGUACUUUUAAAAAACUUUUUAAAGUUGCUUCAUGUUUUUACACAGCUGUUCACAUGAUAAAUUGUAACUUUACUUCAUGCUACUAUUUUAUGGCUUUGUGUUUCAGAAAAUAUUCAUACUUGGUUUUUCCAUCAGAUGAGAAUCCGUUCCUUGAGAACCAAUUUCUUUUAUAUUUCUAAACUUCAGAAAGUUAAGU